GAGGCGGUUCUCAGUUAACCAUAGGAACCCGAACCUGUCAGUGACCCGCAACUGACCCAAUCUAAAACCUUGCAUGUUUUCCGCUCAAAAACAAGAACUUUGGCGCUCGAAGAAAACCCUAGAAAUUUCCUCCAAAUUCCAAGAAUCGAUCCCAUUGAAGCCCUAAUUUCCUGGAAAGGAGCCAACUUCUUCCCCAGAAGAGGUUGCGAAUUCGGAUGGAUCGUAAAAACCCUAAUUAAAUUUCUGGGUGAAGGGUUGAAAAAUUAGCAUGGACGCGAAGGACAUCCUCGGACUGCCCAAAACUCCAUUGGCAAUAACUCAGGAGAAGAAAACACGUCCCCAGAGAGAUUCCCAGAGAAAACCCGAUGGCAUUGCUCGCGAGGUUUAUGCCCUUACUGGCGGGUUGGCUCCGCUUAUGCCUUCAAUUGACGCCUCUGAAUUGAAACGACGCCCACCAUCUAGCGAGAAGAUCACAUGGCAGUGGCUUCCUUUCCCACGCUCUGCCCUAAAGGAUAAUUUGCAACUUUACCACUGGGUGAGAGUUGUAAAUGGUGUUCCACCAGCAGGUGAUUAUUCCUUUGCAAAGUAUAACAAGUCUGUUGAGGUUAUCAGAUACACAGAUGAGGAGUAUGAGAAGUAUUUAAGUGACCCAGCGUGGACUAAGGAAGAAACAGACCGAUUGUUUGACUUGUGUGAACAGUUUGAUCUCCGAUUCAUCAUUAUAGCUGACAGGCUCCUGACAUUACGGACUGUGGAGGAACUGAAGGAUCGUUAUUAUAGCGUGUCACGAGCCAUACUGAGUUCUAGGGCUUCAUCUUCUGGUGAAGUUGCAGGACAUCCUCUGGUUAAGGAACCGUACAAUGUUUCUCAAGAGACAGAACGCAAGCGUGCUUUAUCAAUGGUCCUUUCUCAAACAAGGCAUCAAGAGCGGAAAGAUGCUGAGGUACUUGCUGAAGCAAAAAGAAUAACCGAGUCACGCAUGGCUGCACGAGUUGCUGAAGAACCUAAUUUACCUGUCACAUUGGAUAUUUGUCCUGAAAGUACUGAGAGAGAUAUUGUUCUUGGAGAUACUAUAUCACCGCCCAAUGUUCAAGUUCCCUCUGCAGCUGUUGCAUCUUCCACCACAAUGAUGGCUGAUAAUACCUCUACUCUUGCUUCCUUGCGUAUGCUUUGGGUACAUUUGAGAACUUAUGCCCUUGAGCAAAUGGUCCAAGCUGCAAGCUCAUCUGCUGGACUUCGGACCAUCAAGCGGGUUGAGCAAGCCUUACAAGAUCUUGGGGUUGAUUUAAAGCCAAAGGUGCCAACAAAGGCUGUUUGUGCUGAGCAUCUGGAAUUAAGAAAAGAGAUUCUAACUCUGCUAAAUCUCCAGAAACAGUUGCAAUACAAGGAGGCGGAGGGUUCAUCAUUCCAUGAUAGUUCCUAUGUUGAUAUGCCAGUCACACCUAAGAAAUCAUAUCUUGCUGUGGAUCAGGAUCGAACAUUUGUCCCUGACACCAUUAGUUUUGGAGGUGAUAGGCUUGGCAAAAGGGAGCAAAAACGCAAAGGACCUGGAAGAGCAUCUGAGACUCCAUCUUCACCAGCCCAUAAAAGGCCAAGAAAGUUGAAGGCUUCAGAUCUAUAAUCAAGGGUGAGCAAGCAAAUUGACCUCAUAUAAGUUAAGAGUUUUCCGCAGGGUGACUAUGUUCCAUGCUUGGUAUUGGCCUUAGUUUCGACGUUAUAUAUAGUACAUGUAGAUUUUCCAUUUUAUCUUUUACUAUGUUUCUCCAGUAUUUGAGGAUAUUGCUUUUCUGAUUCUCCAAAUUCCAAGCUGGAUUCGAUUACAUUGCUAGUCAGAUGCGGACUCAUGGCAGCCCCAUUUUAAUCUGCCUGGGACAUCUGAAGCGGAUGCUGAAUCUCCAUGGCUUGACUACGAGUCUUAUUUUCUGACCCAAGUCUAAGCUUUAUAGUCAGUAAUCACAAGUAGGAAAAAGUCUAUCUUUUUGAGUGAUAUGCAUAAAGCAUCAGAACCCCAAAACUGAAACAUAUAUUUCACCGAUUUCCUUAGCUGAGAAUUGGACAUCUUGAUUUUGUAAAUGUUUUUGGUAGGUCAGGUGCUAAUUGUUUUGUAAUUUUACGUUUAUGUUGACCGGUUGAUCCUUGUAAGUAUAUUUCUGUUUGAGAAUAGAAAUUAACAUUUCUCGGGAAACUUUUUGUUGAAUGC